AUGAAACAUUUUUUCGGUGGUGUCUUGGAUCUCGAAUGGUUUUGGUAUCGUUUCGAGUGGCAAUCAAGAACAGCCAUUCAUGCCCACGGUGUUGUAAAGCUCAAAAACGACCCGGGGAUUGCCGACCUAAUGAUUAAAGUCUACGCUGGCCGACUUAUGGCGCAAAAACUAGCUGAUCCACAGUACACAGCAAACCUUAGCGAACAAGACGUCCAAGAAAAGCAAGAUCUAGUUGAAGCCGGCAUUCUUGCAGAACUCAAGGUUCUAAAGUAUGCCGAUACUCUGUUGUGUGCCUGUAAUACUCGGUCUGAUCCAGUCAACCCGUUCAAUGCUGAAGUACCAGUUCCCCAUCCGUGUUCAAGCAAUGUCUCGUCAAUUUUGAACGAUGGAGCAGCCAUGGACGACUUCUUCGAAAGAUUGGCAAACUGUGUUCAACGUCACGUCUGUCGACCAGACGGUUACUAUCUUCAGCUCAUUCUUGAUCAUCACGCUGCAAUGAACUACAUGGUCAAGUAUGCUAGCAAACAAGAGCGGUCUGGAAACACUUUACAGCAAGUGAUCAAAACGAUUAUCAACAAGGCUGAUGUCACAGAUAAUGCUGGCUCCGCUUUUCGCUCCUCUAUCAUUCGUUCCAUUGGCCAUCGUGACAUCGGGAAAGGUGAAGCGUCGCGCAUUUUGUUUUCCGGCCACCACUGUGAAUCAUCCUUCAAUUACGUCAACGUUUCUUUGGACCUGACUGUAAACGAAGUCUUCAGAAAUCCAACGACUGGUGAGUUGGAAACUCGACCAACUCUGCUUACCUACUUUGCCAAACGUCAUGUUUACAUUGAACAAAACACCUACCCCAAUUGGAAUCUUGAUCAACCCAAUUUUAUCGAGUUUUGUCGUCACUUCACUGUCGUCAAAGGGAAUCUUAGAAAUAAUCCCAAGCCGGACAAGACCAUUGUUUUGACAUUCCCGGUGCAUCGAAAUUCUCCUACGUCAGCUACCUACCAUCUGUUCUGCCGAUAUUCGCUAAUCAAGUUUUUCCCAUGGACGGAAUCAUCUAUUCCAAUGCUUUUGGAUGACAACCUUGUCGUACGCCAAUGGCAAGACUUUCGAUUGACUGCAGCUCAGGAACUGCGUCAAUAUUUCAACUUAGACGAAGAAUUACAAAGUCGAUUAGAUCAGGCAGCUGAUGACCUCCAGGAAGAAGACAACAUUGAAAACGACAACUUUAAUCAACUUGAAUGGCAGCAAGCGGUCGGUAUGCGACCUGCUGGCGAACAAGAAGUUCGUUCUGAUCUACCUGUGAUUGACCGUUCUUUCCCUUGGCUGACUAGUCUUCAGCUUCAUUACACUCCACAUGAAUUGGCCUGUGGAAGCACUUGGGUGGUUAAUCAUCUAACCAACGGAAGAGAUCUCGGCACUGAUUCUACAGAUUUACCGUUUGUCAGUCCCAGUCAACUGAAUCGUUCACAACGAAUGUGGUUCGAUAUGGUUGUUGAGGCUCUGCAAUCUCGGAAACAGUUGUUAUUGAUCGUCAAUGGCACAGCUGGUACUGGCAAAACCUUCACUAUUUCAGCAAUUUCCAGUGCUGUCCCUAAAGAACAUAUCGUCCGUUCGGCCUACACCGCGAAAGCUGCCCAUCUCAUCCGCGGUGAAACUUUGCACAAGAUAUUUCAAAUUCCAGUAGAAAAAGGCCAAGGCACAAAGUUUGGCCCUCUUAAUGGAGCGAAACUGGCAGCUCUUCAAGAGAAAUUUCGUCAUGUUAAAAUUAUCAUAAUUGACGAAUAUUCAAUGUUGAGCUUGACCAUGCUUGGAAAAAUUGACGCUCGUCUUCGUGAAGCUAAAGGCAACAACCUUUUUUGUGGUGGGCUGACUGUUAUUUUGGUUGGAGAUCCAGCUCAGCUUCCUCCUGUGGCUGCUCCUUCCCUCUAUUCCCAAUCAACAGCACCGUUUGCCAACGAGGGUCGGGCCGCUUACUUGGCUUUCCAAUCCGUCAUCAAGUUGACAGAAGUUCGACGACAACAAGUAGAAGAUGGCGACAUUGACCAGCAAACAUUCCUGGACACACUCAACUCUUUGAGAGAGGGAAACUGUUCCAUAGACCAGUGGAAAUUCCUUCAAGCAAGGAAUCCGGAAGCCAUUGCCAACUUUGGCACUGAUUUUGAAGAUGCGACCUACUUGUUUGCCACCAACGUUAACGAACAAAAUGGCAAUAACCAUUUUUUAGUCAAAUAA